CAAGAUCUGAAAAAGGUGCCCGUAACGUUUUCAUCAUGUCCCAGCAGACACAACGCUCAUUAUCCCAACCUAUUUGGCGAGCAACCCGGUAAGGCUGAGUGAUUGUGCGACCAAAUAUUUAGCGAGCCCAACCCCUUGGGGGGCCUGUCAUACGAAGCGAAUACGGUCCCGCCGAGGCCAUUCGAGAAUUUCCCUUCUGUUUCUCGAUCGAUCGCUUCUUCUGUUGCGGCCCCCGGAAUCUUUGUAACAAACCUCUUCCUAUCCCACGGAUGCACCGCAUUCACCUGCGGCAGACAUGCCUUCUUCGCUUGCGAAGAAGUCGAUGAAUUUCCUCCGAGACGUGUAUGAAGCCGCCUCCAGCACUGAUCGACCGCAGCUGCUACAGCCUCAAGUCUUCCAGCCUACAGCGGGACUUUCAAAUCAAUUCAUACAACCUGGUGUGCAAUAUCCACAGAGUCCAGCUUCGCCCCAUCUGCAAAGCAUCCCCCCACAAGGCCAGUACCAACCGGUUCAAGGCUUCCAACAGCAGCAGCAGUAUUACCCUGCCUAUCCAGGCCAUCUACAAGCGCCGUCUUAUGAUGCCUGGUCUGCUCCCUCACCAGCACAGGGUCGGCCACCGACAUCCAGCCCUACAGGCUCCUUCGGCAGUCCCACGAACACGAAUUAUGCAUAUGGUGUUGUUUCCCCGGUGUCACCUCCAUCACCAUAUCCUCCAUAUGGGCUCCAGCAGCCGAUGAACUUUCAGCAACAAUAUGCGCACCAGAGACCACCACUGCCACCGCGACAACCCAGCCAACCGUGGCACAGCACUGGUUCGCAACCCACGACAACCCCUGCCAAUGCAUCUCCUGGAUCGUCGUAUGCUGCUCCUCCGCCAUCGUACUCAGCGCCCCCUACGCUACCUGCGAACCACUCGAACUUCAACGGCUUUCAACCAGUAGCUGAAUUACCAGCUCAUCAGCAUGUGCCGCCACGGCUACCGCAAAGACCUGCCACUCAAAGUCCUCAUCCCGGAGCGCCACAUGAGCUGGCCAAUGUUCCCAGCGUACAAGUACAGCCAUCGCGCGCGUUCGCAUCGAAUAAUCCUUCAGGUCCAACCACGACCUACCAUGAGCUUUCUGGCGAGCCGAGUCUCAAUGUCAAUGUAUAUAGAAAGCAGACGGUUGACAGACCUGUCAGAAAGUUGCCUCCGGCCCCUGUUGAGCUUCCAGCGGUACAUCAACCGUCUGUCUCGCCACCGCUUUCAUCCGGUGAACCACAGCAAACAGCAACAGCAACCCCAACCACCAUUUCAGCAGCAACCCCAGCAUCGAGUGCUUCUCCCCAGAUCGCCCCGUCAGCUUCCGCCCUCUCGUCUGCCAGCAGUGGUCCAGCAGCAACUCCAACCUCGAGUGUGAUUCAAUCGCCGGCCAUGACGCACCAUGAUCCUCGCCCAGCGAUGAACUCAACAGCUGGCUUCUCGACAAGCGUGCCUCAAUCAAGUCCGACUCCUUCUGCUCAGCCUCUCGCUCAGUCAAAUGCUCUCGAUAUGCACUCUAUGAAUGCUGCUCUGAACGAUAUCCGCACUGCGAGUCCGAGCGUGUCUAGCCCCGCCAUAACAGUAUCACAAGCAAGCCAGUCACCGUAUAGUGCACUGUACCCUACAGCAGUUGUUCCUGUUGAAGGUCCAUCGCACGAUGCAGCUAUGGCAAUGUAUGCUCAGAUGACUCAAUCCCAGACGGUAUGGAAUAGUGGCUCAGGCCAGCUCGUCCCUGUUACGAGUACUCAAGGCACGACUACGUACAAUGCGCUACAGACUCACAACGCGAGUCAGGCACCACAAAUCUACCAGGGAACGAGUCAGUGGACGAACACCCCGCCGCAAAGUCAGUUCGCUCGCCCAGACCCACCACAAUCUCAAAGUGGCUUUGAUCCUCAGGCAGAUGUUCUUCGAGUCCACCACCACUCCAACGGGCAAACUUCGAGAGUCCGCAAGAUUUUGUGUCUGGACGGAGGUGGAGUGCGAGGUCUUUCGGAGCUGAUCAUCAUCGACUACCUGAUGGACAUGCUUUCCGACGUGCGCGGUGCCAGGCUGGAACCGUGGCAGGAAUUCGACAUGAUAGCGGGCACGAGUACCGGUGGCUUGAUCGCAUUGAUGCUGGGGAGACUCCGCAUGUCAGUGUCGGACUGCAUCAAAGCGUACAAGGAGAUGUCGAAGGAUAUUUUCACACCCAACCAUCGAACGGGGAAUUUCGCGAGCAAAUCAGUCGAUUUCCUACAAGGGCGAGGUCGGUUCAAGAGUGAGCCUUUGGAGAAGAGUGUCAAGCAGAUGCUCACGUCUCUCGGUCUGUCCGAGGACGAAUUGCUGUCUGAUCGCAACCCGGAUUCUCCUGCGGUGUUCGUCUGUGCCGUCGAAGGGAUCAACAGUGACGCCGUGGUGAUCAGAUCGUACCGGAGCAAGGAGUUCGACGAUCUCAAGGACUGUAGAAUCUGGGAAGCUGCUCGUGCUACGUCUGCGGCCUCCACCUUUUUCGAUCCGAUCAAGAUUGGUGAUCGGUUGUACGUUGACGGAGCACUGAAGCACAAUAACCCCAUCGAGAAGGUCGACGAGGAGUCUAGAGGACUCUGGCCUGACCAAGAGCGCAUCAUCGUCAGUAUCGGUACAGGAUCUGCUCCUGGGCCCGAUGUUACCGGAGAUUUGAAGUCUCUUGUCGAUGCUCUCAAAAAGAUCGUCACCGAAACCGAAGAUACCAGCAACGCCUUUCGAAAGCGCAACAGGCGCAUGGUGGACGAGGGAUACCUUUAUAGGUUCAACGUGUUUCACGGCCUUGCCGAAGUUGGGUUGGCGGAACAUGAAGCCGUAGGCAAGAUCAGCGCCCAUACAGCUACUUAUCUUCGAAGAUUCGAUACUGCGGCUGAUAUUGAACGGUGCGCUAAAUCGUUGUGCGAUAAUGGCCAACGUCUGGGUUAUAUCGCCGGAGAAGAGUUGAAAACAUACAAAGAGGUCCAACGUAUCUCGACAUUGAAGUGCGAAUUCUGCGAACAAUGUCAUGCAGGUGAAGGCACCUGAUUUUCCUGAAUGAGUGCAUUUGAUAGAUAACGAUGACAUACUAAUGCUGGCUGUGGUCCUCUAGGCAUCCCGUACAGUGAUGGUCUCUUCAUGUGUCCCGAGUGCGGCAUGAUCAUAUGUAAAGACUGCCACCGAGUGCACGACGAACAUCACAUGCGCAAGAUCCUACGAUUCCGCACCAUGCAGUACCUACCGACCUUGCCUGGCGUCCCCGUCGGAGGGUCAUGCUGGCACUGUGCCGAGGAUUCUCCUAAAUCGAGGUGGCAGUGCGACAAGUGCGAAGCUUCACUCUGUCGACGGUGCGCGGGCAACUUUGAAAGACGAGACGCUUUCCUCAAGGCCCACGCCACCGAACACCCUGAGCAUCGUAGCUUUCUGGCUUUAUAUCCGCCGUACUGGACCAUGACGACGAAAUGGGUCACUGAUCAUUGUCCUUGCACGGAAGUCCCGCCCGGUGCGGCCCUAGGGGUACACUGCGAGCGAUGUCACGAUGUUGUCCAAGCCGGAGCACGAACUUACAACUGCCGCUCAUGUACCGCCGAGUUCGGAUCGACUCAGGUCAUUUGUACAAAUUGUUACGCCCGCGAGGACCCUACACAUCUCUCGACGCAUCAGUGGAUGACGACGGAUUUUAUCCUCACCUCGAAUAGCAGUGUGGACACGUUGGCCAAGGGAACCAAGAUAUCGUUUCAUUGUCCUUUGUGUCCUGGUCAAGGUUAGUAAACUUGAGUAUCACCAUUGCCAUGAGGAGUCGACGCGGAUGUUCAUUAGGAUCGACGAAAGGUGACUGAAGCUGACAACCACACUCCUUGUCCUAGAUAUCUUGGAAGGUCGAGAACAUCUUCACCCCCAUCCUAAUCUACAAUUACUACUCACUCCUUUGCUGGUGGAAUUGUGCGCAGCCAAUGCACGACAGACCUGUAAAAGGGAGCAAAUGCUGGCGGAUCGAGCGGCUUGUCUCGAACCAACGACCAUUACCUGCAUGACUUGUUUGAAUUGUAGGUGUUGUCUUGACAUGUACAGACCUAUAUCGGCAAUCGUUGUAUUGCGUCUGCUUCAACGGACUCGGAUGGGUUUUCUCUCCUUUCAUGCAACAGUUUUUAUCUGUUCUUGUUCCGAAUACUGACAGAUUUAUUUCGUCCCACAGAUCUAUGCUACAAUCAAAGAGGGUCAAUCUGUCUAACCAAACAAUGUACAUGGGCGUACUGUGGCAAAUGUACCAUGUCCAGACAUGUCCGUCAUCGUCAUCCAACCUACCAAGUCGAAGUCACCAGACCACCUUCUGGAAUCAUGAAUUUGUUAAAUUGCAGCAUAUGUUCUUUAGGUGAGUUUCAACUUUUCGACAUUCUGAAUAUCAAUGCAAGACAUCCGGUCCAAGAGCAGAAUGCAACCCUCUUUCUUCGUUUAAUUUGCGCGACCCAUCUUUUGGCUGACCUUCCUCGGUUAUUAUGAUUGUAGCAAUCAUGGCAUGCAAUUAUCAAGGUUUAUGGUGUAGCGACUGUAAUUCCUUUUGUGUCUGCUUGAAUUGCAUCGUCAAGGUCAACGCAGGCACUUUGACUCUGACAGAAGGAAUGCCUCAUAUGAAGGUCUUGGUGCAAUGUAAGGCGAGGAAGUGGGAAUGGUAUUCAAAGACUUGAUGACUUGUCAGUUUCGACCUGAACAGGAUUUGGUAUUGACAUGAAAAUAUGAGCGAGAGAAGAAUUUUCAAGCGCAUUGCCCUUGGUUAUUACGCCCCCACACAUGGUCCCAACAACACCCAUACCUACUCACUGUACUCCGUGCUUUGGUAUCUCUAUGCCAUAAGAGAAAAAAUUCCCAGAGGUACGCGCGCCCGAUGCAGAACAAUGCAAACGAAACCCAUUUUAGUGAGCAAGCUAGUACCCAUGCUUUUCAAAUUCCUUUUCCUGCCACUCCCACAACUCCUUGGCGUGCUUUUCGUCACGACUCUUCUUGUGACCGGGAGACUCGUGUCCGAAUGGGACAUAAUGGGUCCCCGUCUUGACCUUCUGCUUGUCGUACGUGGCGCACCACAGUUCGGUGAACGCACCGUGGCGGGCGUCCAACAUCCCCGCGAGAAAGUCGUACGUCUUUUGGAAGUAGGUGGUGAAGUCGCGGGUCUUGAACUUUUCGUCCAACAACGGGGUCUGCACGCGCCCCGGGUCGGCAGAAACGGAAAUGAUCUGGGGGUACCGCCGGGCCAGUUCGCGGGCGAACAGCACGUUGGCCAUCUUGGACUGGCCGUAGCGAGUGAAAGACCAGGUGCCCUCCAUGGGGGUGGCGAUCUUGUCGAUCGACACCCCCGACGUGGCCAUGGCGUGCGCCCCCGAGCUGAGCGUCACGACCCUCACGUCCGAGUUGGAAGAGGAGGCGGUUUCGAGGAGUAACGGCAUGAGUAGUCUCGUGAGAAGAGCGUGACCCACGUGGUUGGUGCCGAUGUGGAUCUCAUAACCUUCUUUGGUGGUUGGAUGAGGCGGGAGACCCAUCUAUGUGGUGAGUGAGUGAGUGGUCAGUGGUGCAUACUCCUCAAAAGACCAGAGGUGACUGAUUGGGACCCCAAAAAAAACUUACCACCCCUGCAUUGUUGAUCAAGAUGUCCAAUCGAUCGUUAUUUGCAAUCACUUUGUCGGCAGCAUGUUUGAUCGACGCAAAAGAAGCGAGGUCGAGUUCCAGAAAGUCAACCUUCGCCGUCGGUACAGCGGCGAGGACGUCUUUCAUUGCAGUGUCGUACUUGGAUCUACUUCGAGCAGUCAUGUACAGCCGUUUCGGGUUGUGUUUGGCCAACUCGGUCACGGCGGCCUUGCCGAUUCCAUUGUUCCCUCCCGUGACUAUUAUGACCUUGGACGACAGAUCGGGGAUGUGCUUGUCCGGGUCGUAUUUGUAGUCAUCGUGGACUGGAUUCAAGAAACUUCCUGGCAUAUUGCACGAUUGUUUUUUUUUGUUGACCGGAGAAAUUCCUCUAAGUGGUUUUAAAACUUUACCCGUCGCGUCUGGGGUCGGAUCUAGCUCGGUUCUUUGCAAUGUGCGAGCAGGAGGUUCAAUUUAUAUAUCACAAUAAGGCCCGGGUCCAGGUGUCCCAGGCAACCAUGAUAAUUCGCAUGGUUCAUUGUGUAUCUUGGUAUGACUACCUCUUUUGAAGCCCUGCUUGCCAUAUGCUUAUGCUCAUUGGAUGUCUUGACCAGGGACGGCAUCAAGUUAAGCCGGAAAUGUCUUCGACCGAUUCGCAACCGCGUUCGUCCGGAUCCUCUUUGAGGGAGGGAGUGGUAUCAUUGGCUGAUAUCAAGGAUGUGGAUUCAGCCUUGUCGGAUGAAGAUGGAGAUUUCAUGGCGCAAGGCUGGUUUGGAAACCCACCUGUGCUCUUUGAAUCUGGACGAAAUAAGGAACAAGAGUCAUGAUACAUACAAUAGAUACCUAAGGAGUGCCGAACCCAAAAAGUUC